AUGCUUGGAAACGGUCGCUUAGAAGCUCAAUGCUUUGACGGUGAGAAAAGGUUGGCACAUAUUCGUGGUAAACUACGGAAAAAGGUGUGGAUCAAUCAAGGUGAUAUCAUCUUGAUUUCUCUCCGCGAUUAUCAAGAUGCCAAAGCCGAUGUUAUUCUAAAAUAUACAACCGAAGAAGCAAGAAAUUUGAAAGCUUAUGGUGAAUUACCAGAAAAUGCUAAAAUCAACGAAACUGAUACGUUUGGUCCAGAAGAUGAAGAAUGCAAUUUCGAAUUCGACAUUGACGAGUUUAAAGAUCAAGAGAUAUUUCAAUAUCGUAAACCAUCUAAGGAUGAUCCAAAAGUUUGGCCACCUCGCUUCUGGAAAUUCACCAUUACUCUUAUGGAAUUGUCAAAUUCAUCUUCGCAAAACAUAGUAAUGGCAUUCACAGACAUGCGAAGAUUGGCGAGAAUACGUCUUGUCAAUUCACCUUUACAAGAUCUUCCAAUCUUAAAACUUGGAUUUGAUCCUUUACAAGGCAUGCCAGAGAGACAAACCUUUAAGGAAAAAAUUUUGAGACGCCGUUGCCCUAUCAAGGCACUAUUAUUAGAUCAAUCAUUUUCAGCUGGUGUUGGAAAUUGGAUAGCAGACGAAACACUUUAUCAAUCGCGUAUACACCCGGCACAAUAUGCAAAUACUUUAAGCGAUGAACAGAUUACUGCAUUGUACGAGAAUUUGAUAUAUGUUUGUCAAACGGCUGCAGAGGCUAACGCAGAUUCUAGUUUGUUUCCCUCUUCUUGGUUAUUUCAUUAUAGAUGGGGUAAAGGAAAAAAGGCAGGCGCAUUUAUGCCAGAUGGAGAAAAGAUUCUGUUUGAUACUGUUGGUGGGAGAACUACUGCAAUUGUACCGAGCGUGCAGAUUUUAAUUCAAAAUGCGCCAAGGAAUGACAGUUCUUAUAAAUCAACAAAUUUGGCAAAACGUCGGAAGCGAAUUACAAUAGUGGAAAUUUUACAAUCUGAAAAUUCGACCAAAGUUUCUUCACCUAAACUUCUAUUACAAAUUAGAAUGUCUCGUUUUCCUGCUCAAUAUGAACAAUGGUCUACCCAGCAGCAAUGGAGCUAUCAACAGCAACAGCCAACUCAGUAUUAUCAACAGCAGCAACAAUCCUUUCAUCAACAACAGCAUUCAUACCAACAACCUCAAUACCUUUCUGAGUCCCAAACUAAUUAUGAGUAUAUGGAUUAUACACAGACACCUUAUGACGGACAUACAACUUACACUGACGUUUCUUACGCAUUCCCAAAUAAUUCAAUAACCGCCAAUAUGCAACAGACUUCAUAUGACUACAUAACCCCUCAUCAGAUUUUACGACAGCCAUUACAUCAACUACAAAUGCCUCAACAACAAAUCCCAAGUGAAGUGACCAUGUUUCCCACUCAAAUUCUUCCUCAAACGCGUGAGCGACAAGAUUUGCAGGAGCAACAAUUGAUAUCACAAUAUCCACAACAACAAGAAUCGCAGCUAUUACCACACAAACUUUUAUGGUAUUUUGCGGAACGUUAUCUAUCUAAAGCAAAAGCCACUGAAUUAUCUUCCACGUCCUCAGUUAAUCAUCAAAAGUUAUCUUCGGAGCAACAGAAACAUAUUUUAGCUGCGAUCAACGUUGCUAAUGGGAGCACAUAUAUGCCUUUAGUUGAGCUAAAGACGCGGUUCAGGUUGAGUCAAAUUCUUUUCUGGUUUACCGAAAACGUUCGAGAAGCAGAAAAACUUUAUAACGCUGAAGGUGAUUUCAAUGGAUGUUUGUCAACCUUGAAACAAGCAGAAUCAAUGGCUGACCAAAGAGGCGAUAUUGAAAUGAAGGCAUGCCUUUUAAUUUCGAUUGUUCAAUACGCUUUUACGAAUCAAAACUAUUCAAUAGCCCAGCAUUCGCUUGCUGAACUUUCAACUUUAUAUUUCCCACCACCAUCAUCUCGUCCUCCACAAACCUAUCACAUUUUUCCUAUAUCAAACCAUCGUCUCCAUUUACAUUAUUUGUUGUUAUAUGUAGCAUUUAAUAUGCAUACUGGAAAUGUAAAGGAUGCUACAGAAAAGUUGGCUGAAGUUCACAAUAUGUUAAAUCAAAAGCGGGACGUAGAAAGUUUGGAUGAUGUGAAAGGUUAUACGACGAUUCAUGUUUCGGCUGCUCCUACAUCGUCAACUACUAUGACAUCGUAUUCAACUUCAACAGCUAAAAGCGUGCCAGUAAGAAUCAAAGUGUCAUCUAAGGCCGAAAUAUAUACGCUCACAUUUUUGAUCUCAAGAAUAUGCAACGGAAAUGCUACUAAUGUG